AUGAAACAACGCUUUAAUGCUCUAGAUGUCCGUGCUACAGUCAUUAACCUUCGGGAAAGAUUGAUUGGCAUUCGUUUACAAAACAUUUAUGAUGUCAAUGCUAAAACAUUUUUAUUCAAAUUUGCAAAGCCUGAUGACAAGGAGCUUGUUCUGCUUCGUAAAUAUCUUCGUACUAGACGUGUAACGAAUGUUCGCCAAUUAGGCAUCGAUCGUAUAGUUGAUUUCGAAUUUGCAGGAGGCGAAAUGGGAAUUGGUUACCAUCUCAUUUGUGAAUUUUAUUCUUCUGGUAAUAUCAUUCUAACAGAUCAUAAUUAUCGUAUACUCGCUUUGUUACGUACAGUUCAACCUUCAGAAACUUUAAAAAUGGCUGUGGAUGAAAUUUAUAAUGUGAAAACAGUCUUGAAUGAUUUCGAAAAAGUAACUGCUGAUCAGUUAAGAACAGCUCUAAAAUCUGCUGGGCCAAAAGAUAAUUUGAAAAAGUUGCUUAAUAUCAAGUUUGAAUACGGUCCUGCUAUGAUUGAGCAUAUUAUUUUAGAAUCAAACUUAGAUCCUAAUUUAAAAGUGGCUACUGAUUUUGAUACUUCAGAAGAUUCUCCUAUGUUGCAUGCUUUAUUGGAAGGAUUUAAUAAGGGUGAUGAAUUAAUUAAAUCUACAAAAGAUUCUGUUCCAGAAGGAUUUAUUAUUUUGUUGAAUGAUAAGGAGAGUCAGAAGAUCGAAGAUAAUGAAGAAAAGGUUGAAAUUUAUGAUGAAUUUCAUCCGUAUUUAUAUAAACAAUUUGAAAAUCGUACAUAUAAAAAGUUUGCAACUUUCGAUAAAGCUGUUGAUGAAUUUUUUUCAGCAAUUGAAUCCCAAAAACUUGAAUUAAAGUCUAGACGACAAGAAGAAGCUGCCUUGAAGAAACUUGAAGCUGUUCGUAAAGAACAAGAAAGUAGAGUACAAAGCCUUUUGAACCAACAAAUUACAAAUGUGCGUAAGGCUCAGUUAAUUGAAUUGAAUCUUCAGUUAGUAGAUGCAGCUAUUACCAUUAUUCGAAAUGCUGUUGCUAGUCAGAUGGAUUGGCAAGACUUGAAUGAUUUAGUUAAAGAAGAAAAGAGAAGACAAAAUCCUAUUGCAAUGAUAAUUGAUGCCCUUAAAUUGGAGACCAGUCAAAUAACUUUAGUUUUAAGUGAUCCUGAUAUAAAUGAUGAUGAAGAAGAUAGUGAAGAUGAAAAGGAAGAAUUUCAACCCGUUAAAGUAGAUGUCGAUAUUGGCUUAACUGCAUUUGCCAAUGCUCGAAAGUACUAUGAACAAAAGAAAUCUACAGCUAAUAAACAUGAAAAGACAAUCGAGGCCUCUUCUAAAGCACUUAAAUCAGCAGAACGCAAGAUUAGACAGGAUUUGAAGGAAACUAAAAUCACAGCUACAAUUAAUAAAAUUAGAAAACCAUUUUGGUUCGAAAAAUUCUUAUGGUUUAUCUCCACAGAUGGUCAUUUAGUAAUUGCAGGUCGUGAUAUGCAACAAAAUGAAAUGCUUGUGAAGCGUUACCUAUCAAAAGAUGAUGUAUAUGUUCAUGCUGAUCUUCAUGGUGCUGCGUCUGUCAUAGUAAAAAACAAGCCUAAUGCGAAUGGUCAACCUAUUCCUCCUAGUACUUUGUAUCAGGCUGGAAUUAUGUCUGUUUGCCAAAGUAAAGCCUGGGAUUCUAAAAUAGUAACUAGUGCUUACUGGGUUUAUCCUGAUCAGGUUUCUAAAUCUGCUCCCUCAGGUGAAUACUUGACAACUGGUAGUUUUAUGAUUCGUGGCAAGAAGAACUUUUUACCUCCUGUGCAGCUUAUUUACGGCUUUGGUUACAUUUUCAAAUUAGAUGAAUCCUCUAUUGGUAACCAUAUUAAAGCAAACAAUAAUGUGGACAUAAAUGAGAAAGAAGAUACUCCAAAAGAAAACGAAGAUUUAAAGCCUAUUCCUCAUGAUUCUGAUAAACAUAUUAACUUAAUUGAUGAGGGAAAUGAGCCAAAAGAGGAAUCAAUAAAGAGUGAAAAUAGUGAUACAUCUGCAACAACAUCAGGUACUUCUACUCCAGCUAGCAAAACUUCACAAAGUGAAAAUAACUCUGAUGAAUCUGAUGAUAGUAGUGACGAUGAAAAUGCUUUCCCUGAUACUCAACUUCAGUCUCUCCCCAUUGAUACAUCUAUCGAAACUUUGCCUUCUGAAGCAUCUCAGCAAACUGAUAAAUAUAACUUGGACGAGUACGGUCAUGACUCUGAUGAGCAAGAUCUUGCUCAGUCGACUUCUACUGGCUCAAACACGCCUACCAAAAAAUUUAUUACUGCAAGAGAACGUAGAUUGAUGAAAAAGAAAAACCUAGCUGCACUUAAUGAUGAAAUUAAACUAGCAUUAGAACAACAAAAUAAGGAAAUCAAGAAACAAAAACAAACAACUAAAUCUACCGAAAAACCUACAUUAUCACCUACUUCAACCAUAACUCGUGGACGUAAAGGCAAAGCAAAGAAAAUUAAGAGUAAAUAUGCAGAUCAAGAUGAAGAGGAAAGACAGCUUCGUAUGGAGCUUUUAGGUUCUAAUAAGGGCCCUCAACCUAAAGGUAAAAAAGCCAAACGAGAAGCUAAAGCUAAAGAAGAAAAGGCCGCACGUGAAAGAGAAAGAGCAGCUAGAAAAAUGGCUGAAGAACAAACUAAAAAAUCUCAUGAGACAGAUAAAGCAACUGAAAUGACACCUGUUAUGGCUGAAACAGAAUAUGCUGAUGAAAAAGAUAAAGAAGUCAUUCGACAGAUGCUUAAGGAAGAAAAUAUUGCUAUUCUUGAAGCGGAUGAAGUAGCUAAUCUAUCUAUUCUUGAUUCUCUUACUGCAAAUCCAUUACCAGAAGAUAUCAUUCAUUUUGCUAUUCCUGUCUGUGCUCCCUAUACAGCAAUUCAAAAAUACAAGUAUAAGGUCAAAUUGACACCUGGUUCAUUAAAGCGUGGUAAAGCUAUUAAACAAGCACAAUCCGUAUUCUUCAACUUGAGUGAUGCAACAGCACGUGAAAAAGAAUUAAUUAAGAGCGUUCCAGAGAUGGAGGGUAUUAAUACUAUGAUGAGUAAAGUAAAAAUAUCAGCUCCUAAUCUUGAAGCAAGCAAACGUAAAAAGGGUGGAAAUAGAAGAUAA